AUGAAACAUAUGAAAACAUUAGACAAAAAAUAUCCGAAUGCGUUUUUUUGGAAAACCAGUAUUAGCAACCAUUUAUGGUGGUCUGCGCAAACAUGCCAUGGUGACGGAAAUUUGUUAAUGAAAAAAUUGACAUCUAUUUUGAAGCAUAUUAGUAAUAUACACGAAUGGGAUAAAGAUGAUGAAUUAGUAAAAUGUGAACAUGCACCACUAUCAAACGAUGAACAACUUUGGAUAAAUCAAAAUAGUGAUCCUUACGUUGCUUUAAAAAAAGUAAUCACAGCUAAAGAUUUUAUAAAAGACUUAGCACAUGCUAAACAUUUUAUUCAUACAAGGAGACAUACCAGCGGUAUAUUGUAA